ACAUACAGAUUCAUAAAUUUGUAUGAGCUAUGGGAUUAGGUUAAAAAACUGUUGUUCUAAGCAUGCUUACUUAGCAGUAAACCUCACUCAAAUCAGCACUGCUUUUGAAUGAAAAUGGUUAAUAUGGGACUGCUAGAUGACAUUCUUAGCCAGCAGUGAAGGAAUAGAUUAGAACUUAAAAGAAGGUUGAAGCCUACAAUAGUCAUAUUGAAAACCCAGGACCAGAUGUCCUCGAACCCAUACUCUUAAAUCAUAGUAGCUGAAGGAUAAACAAACAUCUGUGACUGACGUAGCUGCUUCAAGUAGGCUAAUACCUCCACCAGGAUAAUUCAUUUUGGAAGAGCAGACCAAGAGGCAGCAGAAUCAAAAUGAAGACAGCUUUUGUUCUUGUCAUCCUGACCCUUCUAACUACUUUUGUAGAAGCCUCGCCAAUACUGCUGGAAAAAGAAGCUAAACAGCUUUUAAGAACCCGUCGUGAAGAUAGACCCAGAAAAGCUGGCUUCCCUGAUGAACCAAUGAGGGAACACUUGCUUUACCUCCAACGCUUGGAGCAGAGAUCUGAAGAACAAUUCCUCGAGCACUGGUUGAAUCCACAUUGCUACCCGCAUUGCAACAGGAAUUUAGUUUAUCCGGUGUAAAGGAUCUGGCGGUUCUCCCCUGGUCUGAUUGCAAUCAUCAUCCUUUGUGCACAAAAAGGAAAAAGAAACUGACGUGAAAUGGAACAACCUUCACUGAGGACUUGCUUCCUAACUACAGUAUGGAAGGCUUUGGAAGUUUGGCUCCUCCUCUGCAAUUUUAGCAACCUAGCAGAUCUUUCUUUGUAAUGUUCAAUACUCAUAAAGAGCUUCCUUGCAUUAAACAGCAUAAGCAUAGAUUCCAGAAUUCCACCUAACUUCAUCUAUAAUGAAAUUGGGUUUUCUAGUAUAGAAAGUGGUAAAUUUCUUAACAGUUUCCAAGGACUUCACUGUUAAAAAAAGAAUAAGUUUGUUGCCCUCUGAAAUCUGGGAAAGUCAAAAUCUGCAUAGGUUUAGAGAUCAGAAGAAUAUGGCUGGAACUUCUAGUGACCAGAGAUAUCGACAUUCUCUAUCCUGCACAAUUCCCAAAUUCUGCUCCCCACCCCUCCACCCUAUUCCUUUUUUCAUCCCUUGCUCAUUCAAAAUUAUCAUAUAUGUAACCCAAUCUUAUCCCUGCUCACUUAGAAGUACAUCUCACUGAGGCUGCAGUCCUCUACACACAUAGGGGGAGCAAGUACCAUUGAAUGCAGUGAAAAUUUAAUUUGCAGUGUGGCCCAAAAAUGAAUUUUCAA